UACUUUGAGAACCUACUCUUACCUUUUCAAUUCUAACCUAUAAUGUGCAAACGCAAAACGGAAGGUAACGUCGUAUCAGAUCUUAUAAAAUAAUCACACGUCAGCCUUUACAAAUAGUAAUAAGUUACGGUAAAGUGCACAGUGGCAGAGUGUGAAGCACAUUGAAAACAGAAAAUGUCAGACGUGAGAGACUGGUUCAAUUCGUUACCAAUAUUUACAAGAUAUUGGUUAUUGUUUACGGUUAGUUUGUCAUUAAUCGGUAGAUUUGGUUUUGUGCAUUCAUCCACAUUUGUGUUGUCCUAUGAUCGAUUUAUAAACAAUUUUGAAAUUUGGAGGCCAAUUACUAGUGUCCUUUAUUAUCCUAUGAGCCCGGGAGGAUUUCAUUUUUUGAUUAAUUUGUAUUUUCUCUAUAAUUACUCCUUGAGAUUGGAACGUGGAGAAUAUGAUGGAAGACCAGCAGAUUAUUGCUACAUGCUAUUGUUCAAUUGGUUAUGUUGCGUUAUAUUAGGAUUCAUCAAUGGUUUUAAAUUGCUUAUGGAUCCUAUGGUAUUGAGUGUAUUGUACGUAUGGUGUCAACUGAACAAAGAUGCUAUCGUUAAUUUUUGGUUAGGUACAAGAUUUAAAGCGAUGUAUUUGCCUUGGGUAUUAUUUGGAUUUAAUAUGGUCAUUAAUGGUGGUGGUAUGAUGGAGCUCUAUGGUAUAUUAAUUGGUCAUAUCUAUGUAUUUCUCAAAUUUAAAUACCCUCAAGAGCUUGGAGGCAGAGAAUGGCUCGUUACACCCAAAAUUUUGGAGUCAUAUUUUCCUCCUCAAAGAGGUGGAAUUCGAUGGUUUGGCAAUGUACCCACGCAAAGGCCUGAUGGACAACAACAAGCUAGAAAUGUAUUCGGUGGUCAUAACUGGGGAAGAGGACAUGUAUUGGGACAGUAGUUUUAUAUAUUUCAAAUAUAGGGAAGGUAUCUUUAAUGUUAUCAAAGUUAUUAUCAGAUCAUUGAUUCAAUUUAUCGUCAUCUGUACAUCUUUGAAUGUUAUUGUAUAAUACACACACGCAAAUUAAACAAAUAAAGAUUGCAAUCAGAAACAGAA